AUGAAUGCGCAGGGAGGAUCUGGGACAGGCUAUGGUACCAGUUUCGUUGCUUUUCCAAAUGAUAUCACGCUAGCUGAUGGAACUACCACCGACUGUGGCCAACAUUAUACCGUUGUAUCGGGUGACAGUUGUGUAUCGGUCUUGGCCCAGGCAAAUACGCCGUUCAACUUGGUCAUGGCUGCGAAUCCUUCCAUCACAUCCGCGGCGGCCUGUGACGGAGAACUGAAAGUUGGAGUUACAUAUUGUAUUUACCCUAUGAGUGGCUUCAAUGCGACAGACAUAAAUGGCAACUUGACCAUUUCGACGAAUGGACUAUGUGGCAAUGGCACCACCUGUCUGGGAUCAUCGUUCGGAGACUGCUGUUCUAUCUCCGGGUAUUGUGGCAGCACCGCAGACUAUUGCACGGCCGGUCUCUGCGAUUCUUCCUACGGCCGAUGUGUUUCAGGCAACCCUAUCUCCCUAGAUGGUCUUUGUGCGUCGCGGUCAUCAACCAAUGCGACAUGUGUCGGAAGCCAGUUUGGGUCUUGUUGCUCGCUUGAUGGAUAUUGUGGUGAGACAUCUGACUACUGUACCUACAAGUCAUGCCAGAGUGCAUUCGGAAACUGUGAGGAAGCACCCCCGGUCAGUUCUGACGGAUUAUGUGGUGUCCUCUCUUCGGUCAACGCCACUUGCGCUGGUAGUUCGUUCGGGGACUGUUGUUCGAUCAACGGAUACUGUGGGAGCACGUCUGACUACUGUGCCUAUAACAGCUGCCAAGCAGCAUUUGGUACUUGCGAACUUGCGAUGCUGGACCUACCAUCAGUUCGGAUGGCCUGUGUGGAGCAAUGUCUUCUUCUAAUGCAAUUUGUGCGGCUAGCGCUUUCGGGGACUGCUGUUCAGUUAAUGUUACUGUGGAAGCACUGA